AUGCCGUUGACGGCCGUGCGAAACCGUCGCCUGCGAUCAGCAGCCUCCCGCGUGGCGCAGGCUGCAGCAGUAGCGGAGGCGGAAGCAAAGGCGGGAGAAAGUGCGGAGGGUGAGGAAAAAGAGAAGCAGCAGCGGCGGGUGGUGGUGACGGGCAUGGGCAUCGUGUCGUGCCUGAGCAUGAACGCGCACGAGUUUUACCAGAAGCUUCUGGACGGCACCAGUGGCAUCUCCGCUAUAGAGGGAUUCGAUGCCUCUGAGUUCCCCACACGCAUCGCGGGCGAGAUCAAGGUGUUCAAGGACAAGGGCUACGUGCACCCCAAGAUGGCGCGGCGCAUGGACAAGUACAUGCGCUACCUGCUCACGGCGGGCAAGCGGGCUUUAAGGGACGCGCACAUGAGCAAGGAGGUGCAGGAGGGGUUCAACAAGCAGAAGUGCGGCGUGCUCAUUGGCUCGGCUAUGGGCGGCAUGCAGGUGUUCAACGACGCGGUGGAGGCGCUCAAGGUGUCGUAUCGCCGCAUGAACCCGUUCUGCAUACCCUUCGUCACCACCAACAUGGGCUCUGCCAUGCUCGCCAUGGACCUGGGCUGGAUGGGUCCCAACUACAGCAUCUCCACUGCCUGCGCCACUGCCAACUACUGCAUUCUCGCUGCUGCCCAGCACAUUCAGAGAGGCGAUGCGGACGUGAUGCUGUCAGGAGGGUCGGAUGCUCCCGUCUUGCCUCUCGGACUGGGUGGAUUCGUGGCCUGCAAGGCACUCUCUAAACGCAACGACGAGCCUGAGAGGGCCUCCCGCCCCUGGGACAAGAAUCGUGAUGGCUUUGUGAUGGGCGAGGGAGCGGGUGUGUUGGUGCUGGAGGAGCUGGAGCACGCCAAGGCCCGAGGCGCCACCAUCUACGCCGAGUUUCUGGGCGGCAGUGUGUCAUGCGAUGCACACCAUAUGACCGACCCGCACCCUCAAGGCAAGGGCGUGCUGAUGUGCAUUGAGCAGGCGCUGGCGUCAUCGGGAGUGCCUCGCGAAUACGUGAACUACGUGAACGCCCACGCCACCAGCACUCUGGCCGGCGAUGUGCAAGAGUACAAGGCGCUCGUGGCUGCGUUUGGAAACAACCCCGUGCUGAAGAUGAAUGCCACCAAGUCCAUGAUCGGCCAUCUGCUGGGCGCGGCAGGAGGAGUGGAGGCCAUUGCGACUGUUGGGGCCAUCCACACAGGCUACCUCCACCCCAACCUCAACCUGGAAAACCUUGAGGACGGCCUGGUAAGGGGUAGCUGCGGGCAUGGGAGCAGUGCAGGUACGUUGUGCUUCUCCCUUCCUCCUCCUCCUCAUGCUCCUCCUCCUCCUCCUCCUCCUCCUCCUCCUCCUCCUCCUCCUCCUCCUCCUCCUCCUCCUCCUCCUCCUCCUCCUCCUCCUCCUCCUCCUCCUCCUUAUGAUCCUCAUGCUCCUUCUCUCCUCAUCCACUCAGAACCCCUCCCCCACUCCUCCCUCUUCCCUUCCUUCCCUUUCCCUUCCCUCACUUCGCUCUCUCCCCCAUUCCCCCCUCCCUUCUGUCCCUUCGCACCUCCCCCCUCCCCUUCACCUCCCCCUUUCACCAGGCACGUCGCCCAAGAGCGAACAGACAGCACCAGUGCUGGAGGCACGUCGCCUAAGAGCGAGCAGACGGCACCAGUGCUGGAGGUGGGGACAGCACCAGACAGUGUGCGGCAGCACAUAGCCGAUUCAGACACUCAGAGCAGCAGCAGUGGAGGCCAUAAAGGAAAGGAGGACUCGACUGAUUCCGGCGGGAAACUCCAGAUAUUCUCAGGUGCCAUGGCGGGUAUGCUGAGCAGCGACGAGCCCUUCACGCUGUUUGCUCCCUCAGAUGACUUCCUAUUGGACAUCAGCAGCGUCUUUCACAAGUACCCCAGAACAAAGGAAAUGAUCGACCCCAUGUUGAGUCGGCUAGUGGGCUACUCUGCUGUGCCUCGCCGCAUCCCAGCAGCGGACAUCCCGCUGGGGGCGUUUGAGCGGUUGGAGUCGAUAACAGGGUUUAUCAUCAACGUGGGGAGGGACCCGCGCACUGGACGGAUUUUCGCAAAUGGUGUUCCGAGCAAGCAGGGGGCGUUUGAGGGGUUGGAAUCGAUCACGGGGUUUAUCAUCAACGUGGGCAGGGACCCGCGCGCUGUACGGAUGUAUGCCAAUGGUGUGCCGAGAAAACAGGUGGACAUCCUAGAAGGCCAGCUGGUGGUGCAUCUGAUAGAUGGCAUGCUGGGGCCGCUCGACUUUGUGGAGUCGGUGAGAAGCAUGGACCCUGAUGAUGUCAGCAUGGAGGCAGCUCUUGAGCAGGAGUUUAAUUCUGGGGCGUUUGUGCGCGGCAGUGAGAGCAGUGGGGGCGGGGGAGGGGGCGGGGGAGGGGCUGGGGGAGGGGGAGAGGGAGGCGGAGAGGGCGGAGGAGGAGGCAGCGGGAAGGGUGGGGACAAAGGAACUAGGCAGGGAGAGUCUGGGCAGGCUGCGCAGGGAGAGCAGCAGCAGCAGCAGCAGCAGCAGCAGCAGCCGGGAGGGGACGGUCAGGCAGAGAAAGUUUUCUUGCCUGAGGAGCAGACAGAUCUGGGUGCUGCUGUUGCUGCCGCUGCUGCUGCUGCUGGCCUUGGUCUUGGUGGUGGGGAUGGAGCAGGAGGGGGAGGGGGAGGAGGAGGAGCUGAAGGGGAAGCGGGUCACUCUAUAGAGGGACAGGGAGAGAAGCAGGGUGGUGCUGGGAAUGCAGCAGCAGGGGAGGGCGGUGGGGAAGCAGUGAAUACAACAGGGGCGGAGGGAGGAGGAAGAGCAGGUGGAGGAGGAGGUGGUGGUGGGGAAAAUGGGGGGAAUGGGGAGGGUGGGGGUGCUGCAGCGGGUGGGUUUCAGUGGUUUGGGUUUGGGAAGGGAGGCGCAGCUUCCAAGAAGGAGCCGGAGGAGGACCCUGUGGAUAAUCUGCCUGUGUUGAAGCCGGAAGUGAUUGCUCAAGAGCAGGUGCGGUGGGGUUGCUGGGCUCUGGGCACAGGUAAGUGUGUGGGGAGCAGUUGCGGUGGGGUUGCUGGGCUCUGGGCACAGGUAAGUGUGUGGGGAGCAGGUGCGGUGGGGUUGCUGGGCUCUGGGCACAGGGCUGGUUUGAGUGGACAUCAAACACACUCAGAGGACCCUGUGGAUAAUCUGCCUGUAUUGAAGCCAGAAGUGAUUGCUCAAGAGCAGGUGCGCGAGGAGUUGACUUGUGUUGACUUCAGGGGUGUGCGCGAGGAGGAGAAGGCGAAGCCAGGAGUGGAGGUGGACUUCAGGGGAGCACACAAGGGAGCAUCUGUAAUCGAGGUGCCUCCACCUGUGGAUCCCACCAAGCUACCCUGUUUGGGCCGGGGCAUUCUGCAGGCAGACAGCAAGUGCAUCUGUGCUGUGCUCUAUGGCGGGGAUAACUGUGAGGAGACCCGCAACACGGACAAGCUGACUGUUGACCCCUACGUGGGAAGCUACCUGCUCACAGCACAGGCCCUCAUGCCGCCACCGCCGCCAGCAGCAGGAGAGGAGGGAAGCAGCGGAGGGGGAGGAGGGGGAUCGGCUACGCGAUCCGCUAUGCUGCUGGAAGGGCUGUCGAUUGAAGAGAGGCGGCAGCUGCGGGCUGUGCUGCCUUUGACAGACAUCUAUCAGACCACUGUAUGGGAGACGUGUGCUGUGGUGGGUAAUUCGGGUGCGCUUCUGCUGAGGGAGGAUGGGGAGGAGAUUGACAAGCAUGACAUGGUGGGGAAGAAAACCACGCUCCGUCUCAGCAUACCUGACAAGGCGGGUUUCAGGGAGGGCAACGAAACUGUGGUAUACCACCUGUACCUGAGGGGUGUGAAGGACGAGUUGCAGCAUCUUCUCAACUUCAAGCGGGUCUUCAGGGAGGGGCCUUUAUACUUGCUGGACCUGGGAUUUGAAUCACAGGUGGUAUACCACCUGUACCUGAGGGGUGUGAAGGACGAGUUGCAGCAUCUUCUCAACUUCAAGUGGGUGUUUCGGGAGGGCCCGCUCUACGUGCUGGACCUGGGGUUUGAAUCGCAGGUGUGUGAGUGUGUGAGAAUAACAUGCACUGCGCGCGACACCGCACGCGUAACGAACCUGAGGGGAGUGAAGGACGAGUUGCAGCAUCUACUCAAGUUCAAGAGGGUGUUCCGGGCGGGGCCUCUUAACAUGCUGGACCUGGGGUUGCCACGUGUGUUCAACACCUUUGGCGCCUUCACAUCAGUGGGAUACGUGGGGACAGUCGUUGUGUUCAACACCUUUGGCGCCUUCACAUCAGUGGGAUACGUGGGGACAGUCGUUGUAUUCAACACCUUUGGCGCCUUCACAUCAGUGGGAUACGUGGGGAUCCAAUUCGCCCUGCAGAAGUCCCACCACAUAGACCUCUAUGGCUUAUUCCUGAGCGAGAGGCACGGCAAGUGCCACCACAUAGACCUGUACGGCCUAUUCUUAAGCGAGAGGCACGGCGUGAGGCACCACUACUACAAUCGGGACGAGCAGAUGCCGGCGCAGGUGACAAUUGACCAGCUGGACCGGGAGUUCGUUCAGAGCAUUGAGAUCGCCGACGCGGAGCUUAUGUGGAUUGCAGAUCCAUGCCUUUACGGUGAGUGGGGAGAAGAUGGGGAGGUGGGUAUAGUGCAGGUGGGUGCGGUGCAGGUGGGUGCGGUGCAGGUGGGUGCGGUGCAGGUGGGUGCGGUGCAGGGGGAUGCAGUGAUUGUGAGUGUGGCAGGGUUGGUAUG